GAUCGUAAGCGCCGUCGACGCAGCGGGCCUAACGCCCCUUCACUUCGCCGCAGCGGCCAACUCGUUACCCGUCGUACGACUGUUACUGGCGGCUGGUGCGCCGUACGCUGCCCAGGCCACGGCUGACAAUUUGGAGGCCUUCAUGCCAGCGAACGCGGGAUGGACUUGCCUCCAUGUCGCCGCGAUGAGGGGACAUUACGAGGUGGCGGCGGCGGUGCUACGAUUUCACGUAAGUCGGAGGCCAUCACCAUCAUCAUCACCAUCAUCACCAUCAUCAUCACCAUCAUCAUCAUCAUCACCAUCACCAUCACCAUCAUCAUCACCAUCAUCAUCAUCAUCAUCAUCAUCAUCAUCACCAUCAUCAUCAUCAUCAUCAUCAUCAUCACCAUCAUCAUCAUCACCAUCAUCAUCAUCACCAUCAUCAUCAUCAUCAUCAUCAUCAUCAUCAUCAUCAUCAUCAUCAUCAUCAUCAUCAUCAUCACCAUCAUCAUCAUCAUCAUCAUCAUCCCUCGUUCGCUUCAGGGCGAAGCGCCUCAGCGCAGCGACGUGCCUGGCCUCCCAGGGAUGA